CAGGUUUGCAUUCAUCAUGGGAGUCGGUAUUGUGCUUUCAGUCCGCUCCCAGCUGCGUUCAGGAAGACAUCGUUCGCAGAUCGUUGGAAAGGCUGUUAGUCGAAUGCUGAAAUUAGUUGUGCUUGGCAUCUUAGACUCGAAUUUAAAUCAUAACAACUAUAACGAGCUGCGAUUUCCCGGUGUUCUCCAGCGUUUAGGGGUUUCCUACUUUCUGGUAACCUUCCUGGAAGCUACCCUAAUGAAAAGACAACCUAAUUUUCAAUACGGAAGAUGGGUCGUUAUACAGGAUAUCCUUGACUCAUGGGCACAGUGGGUUGUAGUUAUUCUUCUGACCCUCCUUCAUACGGCUAUCACACUCCACUUACCGGUGCCAGGUUGUCCAACUGGUUACCUGGGACCAGGAGGCUUGCAUGAUCACAGUACACAUUUCAAUUGUACCGGAGGGGCUCAGGCUAUAUUGACAGGACUGUGUUUGGCUUGAAUCAUAUCUACCAGCAUCCAACGUCAAGGAGAAUCUAUCAUACGACUAUUCCGUUCGACCCAGAAGGUCUGUUGGGUGUAUUAACGACAGUUCUCACUGUCUACUUGGGAGUAGCUGCUGGCAGAGUAAUUCUAUGCUGUAAUUCGACUAGCAGCCGAGUCAAGAGAUGGAUCUGCUAUGCAAUUAUCUGUG